CAACGCAGACGCUGCAACGGAGGAAACGGAAUAAACGAAACGUACAAGACAAGUUUGUCAUUUCAAAACCCCGGGGCUGCGAAAAAGAACAGAGAGUUUCUUUUUUUUUUAUUCAUCACACUUCUGGCUUGUUUUUACUGAAGCACAAAGCCGGGCAUUCGAGUCUCUAAUUUUCACCUAGUGUUGGGUUUUUUUUGUUAUUAUUCAUCUUUUCUCCAGCUGUUUUGAAGCUGGCAGAAAAAGCAACCCGCCCUGUUCGGGGGGAAAAAAGGGACCGAGACUGACCGUGAGAGGAGGAGAGAGAUGUCCCCGCAACCUCCGCAGCCGCAGGUGAAGCAGAACAUCCUGAAGUUCCUCAGGAGUUUCUUGGGAAUCGCCCGUGUGUUGCAGAUCGUUUUCGGGGCCGGGCUGUGGGUCACCAUCGCCGCCAAUAAAUACGAAGGCUCCAUCCACUAUGUGCUGUUCGUGGCGGUGCUGUUCUGGCUGCUCACCCUGGCGCUUUUCUUCGUCACCCUGCUGGACAAGCAGGAGCUGGUCCCGCUGCUGGGCGGCCCGCGCUGGCUGAGCACCAACCUGGCGCACGACGCGGCCGCCGCCCUGCUCUACCUGCCGGCCAUAGGAGUCAUGAUCCACAAGACCAAGAGCUACUCGUACUGCAACCUGGACCUGUACAUGCACUUCUGCCCCUAUAAGGUGUACCUGACGGCCGCCGUGUUCGCCUGCCUGUGCUGCCUGGUUUAUCUCCUGUCCCUGGUGUACGGGGCGUGCAGGAAGCAUCGGGGGCAGCAGACGGUCAUCUGAUUCUGAUGGACUGCAGAGCAUGGAUUCCACGACAAGAUGUUGAACUCUUAAAGCCUGGAUUUAUGGUUCAGCGUUAAAUUGACGCAGAGCUUACGCCGUAGGGUUACGCCGUAGGGCUGGGAUAUUCAAUUGGCGGCCCGCGGGCCACAUGCGGCCCGCCAGGAGCUUUUAUGUGGCCCCUGGUCAUAUUUAAAAAAAGGGGGUGUUCGUUGAAAAAAACACUUUUUUUUUUUUUUUUAAUAAUAUUUUUAGAACUGGCUACUAUGGACUAAAAUGGUUGUGCUCAAUGCUUAAUAUAAUAUUCAAAUAAGGAAAUCUUGGUGGAAAGUGGUGCUUUGUCAUAAUGGCGUGUUUUAUUAAAAGUAGGUCAAUAUCAAUUUCAAUUAAGUUUGCACAAUGCAUGGUUUCAAAAUGAACUUGCAUUCAAAAUAAUAUUUCUUUAUCUGAAUAUUAUAUUUAACAUUCACAAUUACUAAAUCGGGAGACAAUUAAUACAUAAUUAAUAUGUAAACUAGAUAUAUUCAAAUGUAUAAUACAAAUGUAUUAUAUUUACAUAAGUCUUCGUCUUUGAGUGCAAAAUACAUUUUGAAAACCCCCACAUUUUCAAAUUGUGCGGCCCUCUCCAUACAGUCCUUUUGUAGAUGUGCCCCCCAGCCGAAUCUAGUUGAAUACCCCUGCCGUAGGGUCUGCGUUGGUGUAACGCGGAACCAUAAAUCAGCCUUCGCGUCGCCGCGUACCCUAUGCCGUAGUCUCUGCGUUGUUGUAACGCGGAACCAUAAAUCAGCCUUAACUUCACUGUAUUUCACUCAGCAGUUAUCUCCACUGUUUCCACCCUCUCGACCUGAAACCAGUCCAUUCUGUGGCCUUAACUUUGCAUGAAAAGCGCCUCCAAGUGAAGAAAGACUCCCAUGAUGGAAGUCUGAAUAGCUAAGUGUACAAGUAACACCUUGGUCUCCGUGUUACCUUUUAAUACUAGUAAAUUAAUGCCAUUUCUUUCAUAGAUAAUCAGAACUUUCAUAUAGUUCGGCUACUUUUGACCAGGCAGUACUUUUAGUGUUUACAGUAAAACUGCCAUAAUAUACAUUUUAUAGAUUUGUUUUGGUACUUGUUUAACGGUCCGUCUAAAUCUAGUUUUUUUUUUUAAUUUGCUGCAGUUGUUUUCACAAGGGAUUCUUUUUUAUAUAACCUUUUGUAAAGUAUAUAUAUUUUUAUGUGUUUAUAUGUUUUUGUUACCAGCAAAAUAUAUUAAGAAUUGACUCUUACUGGUAUCCUUUUUUAACUGUCUCUCUUAUCUGUCAAAAUGCUGUAUAUUCAACAUGGUUGUGAUGACAACAUCGCUGAAGCGGGGACAUGAUCCGGCAACAACAACAAAGAAAAUGUCCUUAUGUAAAACCAAAGAGCAAGAAUAAAGUCAAAUAGGCUGAGA